GCGGCCUCCGCUGUCCGCAGAUGGAGUACGACUGGCUGGGCUUCGGCUACGCGGCGCUGGUGGCGGCGGGCGGCGUCGUUGGCUACGCCAAGGCAGGCAGCGUCCCUUCUCUAGCUGCUGGUCUUCUCUUUGGUGGCUUAGCAGGACUAGGCGCUUACCAGCAGUCCAAAGAUGCAAAGAAUGUGUGGCUUUCCCUCGUGGCGUCUGGAACCUUGUCUGCUGUUAUGGGAAUGAGAUUUUACAACUCCAGAAGAGCAAUGCCUGGGAUAAUUGCUGGUGCCAGUUUACUGAUGGUUGGACGGCUUGGAUUGCAGAUCAUGGAAAAGCCUCUUAAGCCCUAAGUCUGCAUCAAGUCACUUGAAGAUACGUGAUUGAGAAGCCUGAAAAUGCAACUGCCUAAAUGUGCUACACGAAAGUGGAAAAGGCACUGCUGUCUGUGCAUUGUAUUUUUCAUAUCCUCACGCAUGUGGGUUGUGUUUUUAAAGGACUGACAUUGAGAGCCCUUGUUAUGUCUUCCAGAAUGGUAUUUGUCUUAACAUUUUCUGCACUGUGAAGCAAGAAAAUAUGAGUACAGCAUUAGUUUAGCUUCUGGUCGUGCAACUUACUGUAGGCAAAGAUCUCUUGGCACUUGCAUGCAGACAGUUGCAGGAUUGAAGCUUACAUGUACAUCUGGACUUGUCAUUCUAAAAUCAUCUAUACCUCUAAAACAAGGGGAGAGGAGUUGCCAGUUUUUCACUAGUAAUUAAUAUAACAAACGUGCUUAUAACGUUACUUCUCCCUUUCCUUGCCAGUUUAUCUGGUCAUGAUGUUUGUCAGUCAGGGACUUUGUUCUCCCAGCACUGUGUGUUAGAACCUGGUCCCACAAAACACAAUCACGGAGCAGGCUGUCAAGGUUCUGCUGUAAUGCAAUGAAUGCAAACCUGUUACUUGCAACUACUGGUAAGCAAAAGUGCCCAGCUAAAUGUCAUUCAUUUCACUUUUACAGAUUAUUAUUCAUAAAUCAAAAAUAUGCUUUAUUAAAUAAUGCUGAAUUGUAGGCAUAGCUCUUGCAUUUCACAAAAAUUAAAAUGUUAUUCUAAAUAAACCAACAAAUUAUUAUUACAAACUUUUGUGUUCUACACAACUAUUUUUUUCUUUAAUUGUUCAUCUGGAUUGAUACAGUUUGGUCCCUUUCCUGCUGGGUAUCUGGAUAUAUUU